AACUUGUGUAGUCACCCGCGAGGGUCUCCUCUAUGGUCUUCCGCCGAGUGUUCAACUUCAACAUCAACCUUAACACCGAAAAUUUCAAGUAUUAAAAUGGACUGCGUUUGGGAAGACGAGGUCAGCGAGUCGGCUUUCGUCGUCAGAGCCGCGGCCGCUGUGUUGAGGAAUGAUGUAGCAGCAAAGGAACUGGCAGUUAUGGAAGGGGCUAGCACACCGAUUCAUUCCAGUUCUUGCAGUUUUGGCCCUAGUUCUGUCGGUGGACCACGGGCAUCUUCACACCAACAAACCGUCCAAAUCGACCCAGAUCGCCUGGCAGCCCACGGGUACGUGAAGACACGUAUGCACGCACACACGGAGAAGACACUGCACGGCCUUCUAGCCGCUGAACUGAAAUACAUGGGCGGGGGCGGGCCACAACAGGAAAUUAAGGAGGUCGGCAGGAGCACCGUCGAUGCCACGACGAAAAGCAGCAGCGCAGCAGGCUCUGCCCCUGGACCUGAUGGUGGUCAUCAAGAGCAUCUGCAGGCGGCAUCUUCACAUUCGUGGGAGGAUGACGAGCGUCCGCGCUUCUGAGGAUUGCCUUGGUACUGCUUUCAGGAGGGAAUGACGCCCUACGUACCAAAGUAACGAGUACUCAACUACUUUAUCUUACUCCUACCUUCCUGCUGUUCAUAGGCUGCAAGUACAACAAGAAAGUCAGCUGCAGACAAGUCUUUGGAACAAAGCACAAACGGAAAGGCGUUUAUUUUUGCUCCACCUUCUUCAUUACCAAUACUGAGAGACGGCAGAAUGAAAACAUGCAAUUUUGUCGUGACGCUACCUGUCCCUGUGCGAACGAAGACGCGUGCUCCUGUAAUGCCAUCGCUUCAUCAUCAUCAUCUCGAGGCUGCUGCGCGCUUUUCUAUUUCAUUUGUACGCAAGGGUGGCUGAUUUUAUGCAUAUUUCUGCAACGCCAAGGCCAACGUAGUGCUAUGUACGCAAAAUGAAUGCUCUGACUGAAUGAAAAUGAAUAUGUCAAUAGGUGGGGAUUGCAACGUGUAAGAUAGAUGUGACAAGUCGCAAAUGAAAUGCGAAUGGCUUUCUUGAAUGAUGCUCAAGACAAAAACAUAGGAUACAGAAAGAUGAAGAAGUAGGGCGGAAACACAUUGCGAAGUGGGCACCAGCACUUAGUACACUUCUCCAAAGUGAAAGUCAGAGUUGUGCUAUUGACACGGUUGUAUGCAAAUGCCACUGAAAGUAGAAAUUCGAAAUUGCAACCAAAACAACUCGUUGUCGUCGUGCUAGAAGAGUGAAGCCG